AUGACUGAGAGUCAGGCCCUGGGAGUCUCUCCCAGCUCCCUGCGGGUGGGGCUGGCUCUCCCGCCCAGGCUGAGCAGCUGGUGGGCCCAGGUUCAGCCCCUGGAGACUAUUGUGCAGCGAGACGCUGGGGGCUUUCUCUUUAAGCAAUGGAAGGAGAAGUUCCUCUUCCUCUCCGUGGACGGGAGCCUCCAGAUCUGCCGUGAUGCCCAGUCCCCGGCCGAGCUGGGCAUCUCGCUCAGCACCAGCUGCCGGGCCAUCCUGGAGGGCAGCGAGAUCUGCGGCCUGCCCCGCCUGCCCCUGGGCGCCCAGCGGGGCAGCUGCUUAGGCCUCAGCCUCAGUGAUGGGAAGUUCCUUCUGCUGCUGGCCCCGGACAACCAGGAAUGCAGACAGUGGCUCAACAUCCUCCGCAAAGUCAAAGAAAGCUUCUCCCAAGGGUCCCCAGCGAGAUGCAAGCUCCACAUUGACUCUCCGUCUAGGAAAUGCUGCUGGAAAGAAGGGGGAGGAGGUUCUCCUGGCACACAGAGCAGAGAAGCCACCAGGAGCAGCCUGUGCAAGGAGAACUGCUCGCCCCGGUGCCUGCGCCACGGCUCCCAGAUGCACGCGGGGGUGAAGGCCGCUUGCCUGCUGAUGGGGGGAGCAGCAGCUGGCCCCACCAUGGGCUACAUGGUGACCUCGGCCACGGCCAGCCGGCCUGGGGAGAUGCACCCCCCCGACUUCAAAGAACUGGGCUAUCACCCGUCCGCCUGCGACUCUGAGGCCUCUCAGUAUGAGACGCUGGAUUACGAAGGGCUGGACCAGGACUUCGACGCGCUGGAUUUCGGGGGGUUUGCCUUCUAGACACACACGAUCCUCCCUCCACGCCCCCAGAUUUAAAGGGCUAAACAGAGACUGGGAGGGGAUCUUGCUGCUGGCUUCUUUUCCUCAGAAACCAGCCACCUCCCAGGGCUCCCCCAGCCUUGCCCCUCACACUGCCCCCUUCCCGGCCAGAGGGUCAGGGUUUGAAUCACGCCCUUCAGAGCCAGCAGCAGUUUUAGGCUGUUAUCCUUUAUGUGGAGCAGCCACGCGAGGCUUUGCAAGGCUGUUACACAAAAGGAUCUGCCCCCGGGGGGGCAGGUAGAUCGGGGCUGGGGCUGGAGUGCAGUGUGCUGUGGCUAUUCUCCAUGUCCCAGGGCCUGUAAGGGGUUGGAGUGUGAGGUAGAGCAGCCGAGAGGCUGCUGUAACUGACACCAAGGGCUAGUCGAGGCUCGUAAUACAGGGAGUGCAAAGAGGGUUGUAAAGCCUCUUUAACCCCAAAGGCGGAGCUGGGGUAAGUGAGAACCAGGCCCUUGGAGAGCAAAGCGAGGGUGAGAGGCUCCCAUAACCCCCUGGUCAGUGCGUGCCCAGCUCACAGAGGACGUAAGUCUUUCCCAGGCCCCCCCUGCAGAGGCUGGCGGUGUGCUCACGCUGUCAGCAGGCGUUCUCAAGGUCCCCGCGCACACCGAGCUGCCGGCUCAGAGAGGCAGCACAUUACGCAGCC